GCCGUGACCAACCGGCACGGUCGCUGCGCAUUGAGGCGCGGAUUGAAGUGGCCCCGAGACGCGCCGCGCAGACAUGGGCCAGUGGCAGCGAAUUUAUGCACCUCAGCGAGCCAAGCAUCGAGUUGGCAGCAUAUUUUGCUGGCGACUCAUUGCUGGACCUCACGACAGUGGUGAUCGCGAGCAGCCUCGUCGCGUGCUGCAUCAACCUGCACUGUCAUGGCCAUCAAUUGCGCUACCACAGCCGUGCUUACGAACAAUAAUCGUAAAAGCAGCGUAGAAUUCUGGCUGCUGUCUCGAGCAGCUGCCGACGCGUCGAAGCGAACGAGCCUGGUCGAGUUGGCGAGCUCUGAUCUGGUCUUGUGUGUCGUGGCAGCAUUGUGGACGUGUUCCAUGAAUCUGUCGAUGCCAUUGGUCAGAAUACCGAUGCUUUUGGAUUGGUCGAAAAACGAAGAUUCGCGCUUUUUCAUUGGCGUAGCUUAUUGCAGAUAGCAAGAUCGCGACCUUUGCCAACAGUGGAUAGCAGGUCGGUGCGGAUGGAGCUAGCGUACCAGUACACCAAGCCACGCCGGACGUUUGGCCGGCACUGCGACUUUAAACAUGUAGAGGCCAAGGUGCUCGAGGCGAUCCCGGCCACCGACUCGUUCGACCACGACUACGUCAAGCGCCGGCCGAUGGUCGGCCGCCUCGACACGACGCCCGACAUGUCCGAGCACGAAGUCAACACGGAGCGCCUCAUUACAAAGAACAGCUCGAUGCGCCACGUCGAGGGCGGGUGGCCCAAAGAUGUUGACUCGGCCGAGCAAAACGACGUCCAGCGCUUCCGAAAGAAGGUCGAAAAGGACGACGAGUACAAGCAAGCCGUCAAGUUCCUCGGUCCGGUUGCCGAGCGCGGGCUCAAGCAGAACAAUACGAUCAACAUCUAUCAAGACUACUUUGCGCACAUGGGCGAGCCGGCGACGACAGAGCAGCCCAGCGCAAAGGGCCUCGCCGUCUUCCGGGACCCCGAGAGUGUUCGCCGCACCGUGUCCAAGAUCGACUGGCACCCCGAGUCACCCCAGCGCAUGGCCGCGUGCUACUGCAUUCUCAACUUUCAAGACCCCAAGUUUGUGAACGCGCGCAUGCCGGCCAACAGCUACAUCUGGGACGUCCUCAACCCCAACACGCCGGAAGUCGUGCUCAAGCCGCUGAGCCCGCUCUGCUGUCUCCGCUACAACCCCAAGAGCGUCGACCAGCUCGUUGGCGGUUCGUACAACGGUCUUAUCUCGUUCUUUGACAUUCGCAAGUCCGGGUCGUCGCCCGUCGAGACGUCCAUGAUCGAGCACUCGCACCACGACCCUGUGUACGACGUGUUUUGGAUCUCAUCGAAGACUGGCAACCAAUGCGUGUCCGUCUCGACGGACGGCUCGAUGCUGUGGUGGGACAUUCGCCAUCUCGCGCAGCCCACGCACCGCAUCAUGCUUUCCGAUAAGGACGGCCAAGUGCUCGGUGGCUCGUCCAUGGAGUACAACACGGAGGCGGGCCCGACCAAGUACCUCGUCGGGACCGAGCAAGGCAUCGUGCUCUCGGUGAAUUUGCGCAACAUCAAGCAAAACAACGGGAUCACCGUGUACGACACGGGCGCCGGCAAGCACCACGGCCCGAUCUACACCAUCCAGCGCAACCCCACGCACAACAAGUUCUUUUUAACAAUUGGGGAUUGGACUGCGCGCGUGUGGUGCGAAGACCUCAAGACGCCCAUCAUGAGCACAACGUACCACGACUCGUAUGUGACCGCCGGGUGCUGGUCGCCGACGCGCGCCGGCGUCUUCUUCGUGACGCGCAUGGACGGCGUCGUCGACGUGUGGGAUUUCUUUUACCGGCAAAACGUCGCGGCCUACUCGCACAAGGUCGGCGACGUGCCGCUCUCAUCGAUUGCAGUGCAGGGCAAUGCGCAGUCGGGCGGGAAGCUCGUGGCCGUUGGCGACUCGAACGGCAUGAUUUCGCUCUUGGAAGUGUCGGACGGCCUCGCCAGUCCCCAGAGCAACGAGAAGGCCGCGAUCAACGGCAUGUUUGAGCGCGAGACGAAGCGGGAAAAGAACUUGGAGGCGCGCGAGAAGGAGCAGAAGCGCAAGAAGGCGACGAUGGACGACGGCAAGGUCGAGGAGCUGCCGUCGACCAAAGAUGAAAAGAUGGAGAAGCUCUUGCGAAGCGUCGACGCCAACUUCCUCAACAUGAUCAAGGAGGCCGAGGACACGGAGAAUAAAAACAUGGAACACAAGUCGGACAACAUCAAGCCUGGCGACGAAGACAAUUAGCGCACUACGUUUUUAACGAGUACUAUGUAAAUGAAUCGAUGCAUAUAUUGACA